AUGACUGCGCUGGUAGCGAGGGGGGUUCGGGACCUGCUGAAGCCAGCGGACUUCGCAAAGGUCCUGCGGAGGCACCGACACAAGAAGAAAUGGGCUGCCACAGAGCCCAAAUUUCCUGCCACUCGCCUGGCUCUGCAGCAUUUUGACAUGACCUACAGUGUGCAGUUUGGAGAUCUUUGGCCAUCGAUCCGGGUCAGUCUUCUCUCAGAGCAGAAGUAUGGUGCACUCGUCAAUAACUUUGCUGCCUGCGAUCAUGUGAGUGCUGAACUGGAGCAGAUGCAUGCCAGAGACUUUGUGAAAAAAGCCCACUCCCAUGGGGAACUGGAGCCUGAGAGUGGCCAAACGGCAGCUCCAUCCCCAGCUUCCUGGGCCUGCAGUCCAAACCUUCGAUGCUUCACUUUCACCAGAGGGGAUGUCAGCCGUUUCCCUCCUGCCAGGCGUGGCAGCUUCGGUGUCAUGGACUACUACCUGAUGGAUGCUGCCUCCUUGCUGCCUGUCCUUGCCCUUGGCCUGCAGCCUGGCGACACAGUGCUUGACUUAUGUGCAGCCCCCGGGGGAAAGACACUAGCAUUGCUUCAGACUGGCUGUUGCCGCAAUCUUGCUGCCAAUGAUCUCUCCACUUCCCGAACAGGCAGACUUCAGAAUGUCCUUCACAGCUAUGUACCUGAAGAUUUUAGGGAUAAGAGUCGAGUUCGAGUCACCUCAUGGGAUGGCAGGAAGUGGGGAGAACUGGAGGGGGACACCUAUGACCGGGUGCUGGUGGAUGUCCCCUGUACCACAGACCGCCACUCCCUUCAUGAGGAGGAGAACAACAUUUUUCAGCGCUCAAGAAAGAAGGAGCGGCAGAAGUUACCUAUGCUGCAGGUGCAGCUUCUUGCGGCUGGACUUCUUGCCACGAAACCAGGAGGCUAUGUUAUGUAUUCCACCUGCUCACUCUCACACUUACAGAACGAGUACGUGGUUCAAGGUGCCAUCGAACUCCUGGCUAAUCAAUAUAACAUCGAAGUUCGGGUAGAAGACCUAACUCCCUUCAGAAAGCUUUUCAUGGACACGUUCUUUUUUUUCCCAUCCUGCCACGUUGGGGAGCUGGUAAUCCCAAACCUCAUGGCCAAUUUUGGGCCUAUGUACUUUUGCAAAAUGUGUAGACUGACAUAG